UUCCCGGUCGUGCCUCCCAUCUAUUCUCUCGCGCCAUCUCCCGGGGAAAAGAAGCUGAGGGGCGGUGGCGGCGUCGGUGUAACGUUGCUUCGCUGGCCUGUAACCUCAAUGGUCCACAUCUAGACUGAAGACUGACAGUUGGACCCGACAGGACAGGAUUGCAUUCCAUUACCAUGACCACAGAAAAGGGAUUGCCCAUGGAGAUGAAGAGUACCAUGGAGGGUGAUGUCAGGAGGACCAAUCAGGAUCAUGACAGUAAGACGUCAGAUGACUAUCAUGGGGACAUGGAUGACAGCUCAGAGAAGACCCCCAGCAAAGCAUCAAAAUCCCCCCAGAAAUCUUCCAAACGCCCCAAAACCGUUCCUGUCAAAAUCACCCUACUUGACGGCUCAGAGUAUGAAACUGGAGUAGAGAAAUUUGCCAGGGGGCAGUCCGUGCUGGACAUGGUGUGUGGCCAUCUGAACCUGCUGGAGAGGGACUACUUUGGCCUGACGUUCUAUGACACAGACAACACCAAGAAUUGGCUGGACCCGUCAAAGGAGAUCAAGAAGCAAAUCCGAAUUGGCUCAUGGCAUUUCGGCUUUGCUGUCAAGUUUUAUCCCCCUGACCCAUCUCAGCUCACUGAAGACAUCACCAGGUACUACCUGUGUCUGCAGCUGAGGGACGACAUGCUGUCCUGGCGUCUGCCCUGCUCCUUCGGGACCUACGCCCUGCUAGGUUCUUACACGGUGCAGGCGGAGCUGGGCGACUAUGAGCCAGAGGAACAUGGGCCCGACUACAUCAGUGACUUCCGUUUCGCCCCCAACCAGACGAGGGAGCUAGAGGAGAGGGUGAUGGAGCUUCACCACAACUACAGGGGAAUGAGUCCAGCGGAGGCAGAGGUGAACUUUCUAGAAAAUGCCAAGAAGCUUUCCAUGUAUGGUGUAGACCUUCAUCACGCCAAGGAUUCGGAGGGCAUUGACAUCAUGCUUGGCGUCAGCGCCAACGGACUACUCAUCUACCGUGACCGUCUGAGGAUCAACCGCUUCGCCUGGCCGAAGAUACUCAAAAUCUCCUACAAGAGGAGCAACUUCUACAUCAAAAUACGCCCCGGGGAGUAUGAACAGUUUGAGAGCACCAUCGGCUUCAAGCUGCCCAACCACCGGGCUUCCAAACGCCUGUGGAAGGUCUGCAUUGAACACCACACCUUCUUCAGGUUGGUGUCUCCAGAGCCCCCUCCCAAGGGCUUCCUGGUGAUUGGCUCCAAAUUCCGCUACAGUGGGCGGACCCAGGCCCAGUCGCGUCAGGCCAGUGUGCUGAUCGACCGGCCAGCUCCGCAGUUUGACCGUUCGGUUAGCAAGAGGUACCUGCUGCCCCGCAGUGUGGACGGAGCCUCAGCCCUGGGAGACAGCAUGGACCAGCUGUCCCAGCGCAGCUCCAGUGAUCACACCCAGUUCCUGUCCAGAGAAGACCUGGAACAAGAGGGCAGUCUGGACCUAGACCAGGAUCAGGAUUACCAGGAACAAGACCAGGAGUACCAGGAUCAGGACGAGGAGACUGAUGGUGUUGCCACGUCUGCCAAGACCAUGGAGCUGAAGGGUGAGGAGGCAGGCUCGCCAGUAGACUCAAAGCCUGAGCAGCAGUUCCUGGACAAGCCUGAGGAUGUCCUGCAGAAGCACCAGGCCAGCAUCAACGAACUAAAGAGAGCUCUCAGGGAGCCCAACAGCAAGCUGUCACAGAGGGAGAAACGCCUGUCCACAGCCACGCCACCUGGAGGCACCCCAGAGAGGAAACAGGAGACUCCUCCUACACCUGCCAUUCAUGAGGAGCCUUUUGACGAAGCCAUGAGGGAGCCGUGGGAGCGGCGGUUGGGCUCAGUGUCAGAGGACGACCAAGACCACGAGACCCUGUACCUGAAGGAAACCCACCUGGGCAUUGAGCGCAAGUGCUCCAGCAUCACGGUCAGCUCUACGUCCAGCCUGGAGGCCGAGGUGGACUUCACUGUCCUCAUGGACCUCCAUACGGGCAUGGAGGAGUUCUCCAGGGGCAUGAUGGAGCUGGGCGAGAGGCCCAUGUCACCUGACGUGGGCCUCAGCCUGAGCAUCGACCUGCAGGGAAGCCCGCCACCUCUUGUCUCGGCUCCUCUCACCGGGGCUAGCAGCAGCCCUCCUACCAAGCAACUACACACCGAAGAGGUCCGACAUCACGAGCCUGUUGUGCCCAGAAAACCAAAGAGGUCAGUGCCCAUCGACAGAGACCAGUCACAGAAAGAGACCACUUACUCAUCCCCCAUGACGGCGCUGAGCAGAGAGGCUAGUGACGUCGUCGCCUCCCAUGCACUAAGGAAGACUGAGGUCAAGGUCGACAGAGACCAGUCACAGAAAGAGACCACUUACGUGUCCCCCAUGACAGCGCUGAGCAGGGAGGCUAGUGACGUCGUCGCCUCCCAUGCACUAAGGAAGACUGAGGUCAAGYUCGACAGAGACCAGUCACAGAAAGAGACCACUUACGUGUCCCCCAUGACAGCGCUGAGCAGGGAGGCUAGUGAUGUCGUCGCCUCCCAUGCACUAAGGAAGACUGAGGUCAAGAUCGACCGAGACCAGUCACAGAAAGAGACCACUUACGUGUCCCCCAUGACAGCGCUGAGCAGGGAGGCUAGUGARGUCGUCGCCUCCCAUGCACUGAGGAAGACUGAGGUCAAGGUCGACAGAGACCAGACAGUGAGAGAGACCACUUACGUGUCCCCCAUGACAGCUCUGAGCAGAGAGGCUAGUUGCGUUGUCGCCAGCCAUGCACUGAGGAAGACCGAUGUCAAGGUCGAGACACAGCCCAAUGGGUCAGAGGUCACUACAACCAUCGUGGAGUUUACAGAUCAGGAUCAUGGUGUGACUGUAAGCAGUAUAGGCGAGACUUCUUAUUCAACAACAGAAGGUGUUUCCCCUGUGCACAUGUGUACUUUGGGAAGAGAUGCCUCUGGAUCUCCAAUACUUGUUACUGAGAAUGUUACCUCUGCAACCACGCAUGUCACCAAGACGGUGAAAGGGGGCUAUUCAGAGACCAGAAUUGAGAAGAGGAUCAUAAUCACAGGAGAUGAUGAUGUUGACCAGGAGCAGGCCCUCGCUAUUGCGAUACAGGAAGCCAAGCAACAGCAUCCGGACAUGUUGGUCACCAAGGCAGUAGUUGUCAAGGAAACAGAAUCGUCCACUGAGGAUCCACAUGGGACAUCUUAGUCCUGAUUCCUGGGACAUGAGCGUCCCCCGCAGGAGCAGACCUGUUGGUGCCUGAGCUACCUGAGACUACCACACUACUGUACCACCCUGACCACUGCUAGUGGGGCUCCGAUACACACAGCCACACACACACACACACACAAGUUUCAAUCCCUCACCCUUACUACUCUGGCCCACUGGGCCAACCCAUAUACUUCCCUGUUGUCUACCAUAGUAACAGGACUCAUUUAAAUCCAACCCUUUAUUUAUGAACCUUUGCUCUGGCGGUGAUAUGGUGAAAUAUACCCUCUUAGAAUCUGAGAGUGAAAUACUUACA